AUGUUAGGAUCAAUUGGAUUUUUAUUUUUCUGUAUCUACUUUAUUGCUGAAGGCAUUGAAGAUCUAGUUUUCCCAUUAGAUAAUUUUUAAUUCAGAUUAUUAUAAUGGAUUGAUUGUAAAACAAAAGAGUAAGUUGAAUUCGUAGAUGUAGAAGGAUAAUAAUAAAUAAGCAUCCAAAAAGGCUAAGGAAUUUGUUUAGAUCAUAAUUAUUAACUACCCUUAUAUGAAGACAAUAUUUACAAUUAUACAUUUAUUUUUAAUCGACCACUUUUUAAUGAUGAACUAUUUAUUUUCAUAGAUUACAAAAUGUAUAAUUUAAGUAUAUAAAUAACUGGCUAAUCAUUUAUUUAAAUUUAGCAUUAACAUUUUUUAACUUGCAUGAAUUCAAUUGAAUUGUGGUUGAAUUCAACGGUAUCAUUAAAUUUAAUUUUUAUAUAUAUAGCAAAAGUUUAAACUAAUACGAAAGAUUAAGUACUUUUUACAGGAUAACUUCCUUAAUUUCAUAAUAAUAGCAAUUUUAAUUAUAAUUUAUACUAAAAUUUUGAAAUGAUAAUCAAGAAUAAAACUUUACAAUAUAAGACAAUAAUCCCAAAAUUUGAAGAUAAAUAGUCUGUAUUUUGUUGGUUUAAAUUAUAUUUAGACAAUAUUCUUUUACCAUCAUCAAUAUCAUAAAUAGAUUUAAAUAAUAGUAUAAUAUAAGGAAACUAUAUGAUUUAGGCUAAUAAUCAUAUUUAAUUAAAUGAAUUGCCAUUUUUAAUUAAAAUAAAUUAUCAAUUAAUAUAAAUGUCUUUGAUAUCAUAAAUUUAGUAAACUUUAAACUUUGAAGCAAUUAUUUAGAUUGAUUAAACUUUUUCAUAAUUAAACAGUUAUGAUACAUUUAUAAAGUAAGAGUUUAAGUAAACAAAUUACAUUAGAAUGCUUAUAGAUGUUACAUAGGUUAUUAAUAACACUUUUGCAAAAAUAACAGUAUUACCAAAAGAUUAUAAAGAAUGUGUUAAAAAUAUAUAUUUAAGUAAUGCAAAAAUAAACAUAAAAAAUGAAUAAUCAGAAACAAUUUUAGAAUGUUAAAUUAUAGAUAAUAAUGAAAAUUAGACUUGUAUUAAUUAUGAUAAUGAUAAAUGUUUGUUUUAAGUAAAUUGGUAAUUUGAGAAUAAUAAAUAAUAUUUGUAUGAAUUAAGUGGAAUUUUAAAGAAAAGUAGAGAUAUUGAUCCUUAUAUAUAUUUUAAAACAGAGAUUGAGUAUUUUCCAAUUAUGAAUAUUAAAAAAGAGAUUAACAAUAGAUAUUGGAUUGGAUAUCUACUUUUGAUUAAUUUAUUAUUACCAAUUUUGUUGUUUUUGUUUUGUGUUUUUUGCAUAAUAUCAUUAAAAUUCUAUCAUCCAUAUAUAAUGUACAUAAUAUAAGUUGAUGAGAUUUGCUUUUAAUCUUAAGUAAUUUAAAAAUAAUAAUCAUAAUAAUCAAUUAUAUUAGAAUAAUCAAAUAAUGAAGGUGGAAAUCUAAUUUAAGAAAAUUAAAACUAAUUAUGA